ACAUGCUCCGUCUGGCCCUGUGGAUCCUCACUCAUUCGUUGAGAUUUCUGUUGGUUUAAAGCGACAUUCCAGCUGCUGAAGCUUCGUGACCUGCUGUGUUUUCCCAGCCCAGAUCCAAGAGACCUGGAUGCUUUUUGUCAUUCCGAUGGCAAAUGAUGAGACAGCCUACCAUGGAUUUCAGCGACUCUUCUGUGUUUGAUCAGCAAAGAGGUGACUCAUCUGAGGAAGUUGACCUGACCUUGGUUUAUCAGGCAGCAUCUAAUGGAGAUGUCAACGCUCUGACUGCAGUGAUUCGGGAAGAUCCUUCCAUCCUAGAAUGCUGUGACAGUGAGGGGUGUACGCCCUUGAUGCACGCAGUUUCUGGACGUCAAGUGGACACGGUGAAGCUGCUGCUGAAGAUGGGAGCCAAUAUUAACAUGCAGGAUGCCUACGGCCGCACGAGUUUAUGCCUGGCCACCUACCUGGGUUGGCUUGAAGGCUGUGUGAGUCUACUCAGAAAUGGUGCCAAGCACAAUAUCCCAGAUAAAAAUGGCCGUCUGCCGCUGCAUGCAGCCACUGCUGAGCCUGAUGUGAGGCUCCUAACAGUCCUGUUGCAGCAGUCGAACCUCAGUGAGAUUAACCACCAGGACAAUGAGGGAAUGACACCACUCCACUGGGCGGCUUUCCACAACCAGCCUCAACAUACACAAAUACUGUUGAGGAAAGGAGCAGAUCCCACCCUCGUGGAUAAAGACUUCAAAACGGCGCUCCACUGGGCAGUCCAGAGCGGAAAUAGAAUUCUAUGUUCCAUCAUUCUGAGCCAUCACCAAGGGUCGUCCAUAAUCAACUAUGAUGAUGAGAGCGGGAAAACAUGUGUACAUAUUGCAGCAGCAGCGGGUUUCAGCGACAUCAUUAACGAACUGGCAAGAGUCCCUGAAUGUAACCUGCAGGCUCUGGAUGUGGAUGACAGGACACCUCUGCACUGGGCUGCAGCUGCAGGGAAGGCAGAAUGUGUCCAGUCACUACUGGAACUGGGCAUGGACAGCAACCUGCGGGACAUCAAUGAGAGCACACCCCUGGCCUACGCCCUGUACUGCGGCCACACAGCGUGUGUUAAACUCCUCUCCCAAGAAAGCAGAACAGAGCCUACUCGACCUCUUCCCUCCCAGAACAGUAGACCCCAGAAGAAGGAGGGACGGUUCAUCAUGCUCAACCAAAUAUUCUGCAAAAACAAGAACGAAGAGCAGAGAGCCCAUCAGAAGGAUCACAGCAGGGACCGAUGUAGUGGGGAGGACGCCUCGGAAGUUAAUGAUAUCAUCACCACCUUUGACAGCACUGUGGGUACCAACUGCCAAGAACAGCCUGGUGAUCAGGUGGCUAUGGUUGACUUUAAGAAGAAGACCUCAGAAAAUUCCAAAUAUCUCUUGAUGGAAAAGAAACCUCUGGCCUGGAAGGGGCUUCCACCAAUCAGAACGCAGAGUCUCCCACCCAUCACCCUGGGCCAUCACUUCCUGACAGCUUCCCAUGGGGCUGCUUCCCCCACAGGCCUGAGCUGUGGCCCUCACCAUGCAGCCCAGCGAUCCCAGAAAAGUCAUAGUGAGCAGGAUUUAUUAAAUAACAGAACUGGCUGCCAGACGUUGCUAGAUAACCCCUGGAGGAGUGAUUCCAACCAGGUGUUGUCUUACAAAGCAUGGACUGUGUCUUCGUCUGAUAAGUUAGUGGACAAAUUUCUCAUUGGUCGGCCUGGUCACCAGGAGGUGUUGGCACCUCCACAUCUUCCUCAGCUACAUAAUCCUUCAUCAGGACAAAAUUUUCCACAUUUCUCCCCAAACAGACCCCAAAUCAGGGAUCUUCCUUUCACUCGGAACAACCUAGCUCCUCUACCAGAUCAAAAAUUUCUGUCUGGAGAACCUCUGUGGACAAACCGUGUGCUUCCUGCUAUUCCAAGUCAGCGGGGACACAGCACGCCAGCUGAAGAGAGCAGGCACUCCACAUACCCCACCAGUGAAGAAAAUUAAUGUGGACCACUCACUGAAGAAAUAUAGAUUAUAUAUAUUUUCAGCUCUCAAAGGAUGCAAUUAAUCUAGUUUGUAAGAACAAAGACUAAUUUAGUAAGCUGCAUUCUAUAAGCCAUUCACAGUUUUAUAACUCAAAAUUCUUUACUUCAAAUAAAAAUACUUCCUAAAUAAGCACUUAGAAUCUUUGAGUGUGCAUAUAUCAUAAUUCUGUAAGUUUCUGUAACUUCUACAUGCCAAAAGUAAAAGACAGACUCUAUUAUCAG